UGCGUAAAGUCUGUCGUUAUGAGGCUACACGCCACGUUGUAUAUGUAAACAAAUUAACUCCAAGCUACUGCGUAAAGUCUGUCGUUAUGAGGCUACACGGUUUUAUAUGUAAACAAAUUAACUCCAAGCUACUGCGUAAAGUCUGUCGUUAUGAGGCUACACGGUUUUAUUUGUAAACAAAUUAACGCCAAGCUACUGUGUAAAGUCUGUCGUUAUGAGGCUACACGGUUUUAUAUGUAAACAAAUUAGCGCCAAGCUACUGCGUAAAGUCUGUCGUUAUGAGGCUACACGCCACGUUUUAUACGUAACAAAUGAACUCCAAGCUCCUGCGUAAAGUUGGCUAUCGAAGCGAUCAAAAUCAACAGCUGCUUCGUGAGUUCCAGAGACGCUGAAAUACUUAGAACAGAAACGAAACGGCAUCAACACACCUCCUCCACAGUCAACAAACGGAUGCUGUUGGUGAGAUGAGAGAGAGAGCGCAUCUCAUUUCCCACUCCACCGGUUAUUGUAGAGAGAGUAGCAAGCUGUGUAGUAACGUGUAUAAGUAGUUGUGUGCAUAUAGAAUAAUUAGGCUAUUUAGUUUCGCUUUAAGUAGUAUUUAUAAAGUAGCCUAAUGUAUAUACCGUAAAAAAAAUAACGUUACUUUUUACCGAGGCACCCAACCGUCUCCGAGUCAAAAAAAAUGCUUUGAGCAGAAGCGUAGCAUCCGCCCGUUGCCAUCACGAAGACAGGCUGCGGGUACUACGCCUGACAACACGCUCGCUCCCGUACGCCGGGCCCUGACUGGAUGGAAUAACCGCCUGUGACGUCAGGUGACCUCGAUUGAUCGCAGGAGGCGGAGCCUGGUGUCAUCUCCGUGGAGUACACACACAGAGAAGACUACAACAUCUCCCUAAAGAACUACAACCCCCACAGAGACGGUGACCACCAUCACUAUGGACCAUCCCACAACCCCCUGAUCUCAUCCUCCUCUACUUCAGGACUACAACAUCCCCCUAAAGAACUACAACCCCCACAGAGAAGGUGACCACCAUCCCACAACCCCCUGAUCUCAUCCCUCCUCUACUUCAGGACUACAACAUCUCCCUAAAGAACUACAACCCCCACAGAGACGGUGACCACCAUCACUAUGGACCUUCUCACAACCCCUUGAUCUCAUCCCUCCUCUAAUUCAGGACUACAACAUCCCCCUAAAGAACUACAACCCCCACAGAGACGGUGACCACCAUCACUAUGGACCUUCUCACAACCCCCUGAUCUCAACCCUCCUCUACUUCAGGACUACAACACCCCCCCUAAAGAACUACAACCCCCACAGAGACGGUGACCAUCAUCACUAUGGACGUCACGACCCCCUGAUCUCCACAGGACUACAACUCAACAUCUCCCUAAAGGACUACAACCCCCAGGGUUCAGAGCGGAGCAGCCAUGAGCGCAGCAGAGGAGACCCAGGUGAAGUGUGUGCUGGUCGGUGACAGUGCCGUUGGGAAGACGGCCCUUCUGGUUCGCUUCACCUCAGAGACGUUCCCUGACUGCUACAAACCAACCGUGUACGAGAACACUGGAGUAGAAGUUUUCAUGGACGGGGCUCCGAUCAACCUGGGUCUGUGGGACACGGCAGGAAAUGACACGUUCAGGCAGAUCCGUCCGAUGUCCUAUCAGCAGGCGGAUGUGGUCCUGCUCUGCUACUCCGUGGCCAACGCCUCCUCCCUCGCCAGCAUCAAGCACAAGUGGCUGGUCGAGGUGCGUGAGAACCUUCCUCGUGUCCCGGUGCUCGUGGUGGCCACCCAGACGGACCAGCGUGACUCCGGGCCUCACCGCGCCUCCUGCUCCUCCGCCGCCGAGGGCAAACGCCUCGCCCAGGACGUACGGGCCAAGGGAUACCUGGAGUGCUCGUCGCUAAGUAACCGCGGCGUGCAGCAAGUGUUCGAGUGUGCGGUGCGGACGGCGGUGAACCAGGCCAGGAAACGGACGCGCCCACGGAUGUUUGAUAUCAACAGCUGCACGGUGUCUUGACCUCUGACCUCUGACCUUUGAGGGCCUAGGUUGGGGUGGUGGUCGGUGGAUACUGGAGCCUCUUCCUACUGCUCUGAGAUCAGGUCUCGGGCCAGUGGCGACUCAGACUCGGACUCAACACCAGGGACUUGGGACUGGACUGGCGGCUUAGGGACUCGACUACAUCACUGUAUCUGACUUGAACUGUUAGAGGACCUCUCUGACCCCAGGACCUGUGGUUUUGGGGGAACUCUUGAACUAUUCAAAGUCCUCUCUGACCCCAGGACCUGUGGU